UUGUCUUUGAGAGAGAGAGAGAGAGAGAGAGAGAGAAGAGAGGGGAAGGAUUUUUAAAAUCAUUUUUUUGGCAUCAACUAUUAAGCAGUAAGGGGUUUUGUUUGCAGCAGUGAUCUUUUUGUGGGGAGGAUUUGGCAGGAGAAGCAAACAAUAUAGAGAAAGCCUAAGAGGGAAACAGAGUUAUAAGAGAUAAAAAGGAAAAAAAAGAAGAAAGCAAAGCAGUGAUCUUUUGGGGUUUUUUUUCUAUUUCUCCAAUCUCCUCCUUUUUAUUAAUCCAUUUCUUUUGUCUGUCUCUUUUAUUUUGUUUUUGUUCAUCACAAAUCCAUUUCCAUGCUCAGUCGAUUUCUUCCCCUUCUCUAUCAAACCAGAUUCUUGCUUAUAGACUGAAAUCCCCCUUCCCCACUAUAGAAAAGAUUAAACUGAAACAGAGAAAGUUUUCAAAAUGGUGACUGGUUGGAGAAGAGCUUUUUGCACUUCCAUUCCCAAGAAACAAGACAGUCCAGUUUUACCAGAAAAACAACAGCAACAACAGCAAAGUAAUAGCAGCAAGAGUCCAAGAUUUACCUCAAAGUUUGGGUUUUUCUCCAACCCAUCAACGCCAAGAUUACAAUCUCAACCUGUUUCAAGCCCAAGUCUUCGUUGCCGAACCACUUCCACCCCAACUUCUUCACUUCCCAAUAGCCCCAAGCUCCAUUGCAAAACAUCCCAUUUCUCCAAUCCUUCUUCCCCUAAAUCCCCUUCCAGUUUCUCCCUCCUUAAAGCCACUCUCCGCCUCUCCAAAGGUGGUCAAUGUGGAAUCUGUUUACAGAGCGUGAAAACAGGCCAAGGAACGGCGAUUUUCACGGCGGAGUGUUCCCAUUCCUUUCAUUUCCCUUGCGUCGCCGCCCAUAUAAAAAAGCAACAAUUACUGAAUUGCCCCGUCUGUUCCACCACCUGGAAAGAGCUCCCUCUACUCUCCCUUCAACAAACUGAACAACCUAAUAAAACAUCUGUCAAGAACAUCAAAACGAAGUCAUUUCGAGUCUAUAACGACGAUGAACCAUUGGCCUCCCCUGUUUCUCUUUCUCAGUUUAAUCCCAUUCUCGAAUCGGAAGAAACCGAAAACGACGACGUAGAAGAGGAAUUCCAAGGGUUUUUUGUUACUCCGAGGAUUGGUAAAGAAAUUGGAAUUAAUGAAAGAAAUGUGGACGUUAGGUUGUCACAAGAGGCGGCGAUGUUGGCAGUUGGGAGGAGUUAUGAAAAUUACGUGGUGGUUAUGAAAGUGCACGCGCCAACGGUGACGCGUGGGUUGAAGAGGGCUCCGAUUGAUUUGGUCACGGUGUUGGAUGUUAGCGGGAGUGGGAUGCGGUUGCAGAUGGUGAAACGCGCGAUAAGGUUGGUUAUCUCUUUGCUUAACGAAACGGACCGUUUAUCGAUCGUGGUUUUUUCGUCGAGCUCGAAACGGUUGUUGCCGUUGAAAAGGAUGAGUUCCAACGGACGGAGAUCUGCAAGAAGGAUUGUGGACGCACUGGGAAGCAACGGGCAAGGGAUGAGUGUCAAUGAUGCGCUUAAAAAGGCGGCCAAAGUUUUGGAAGAUCGCAGAGAGAAAAACGCUGUUGCCAGCAUCAUGAUCGUAUCUGACGGUCAGGAUCAACAGUCCCAAACGAUUUCUACCAAUCAGAACCUUCCAGUUGUUUCGACCAGGCGCCUGGCAACGCAUUCAGAAAUCUCUGUGCACUCCAUCGGUUUUGGCACAUGUACUCACGCUCCAAACGAUGACGCGUUUUGCAAAAUCGUGAACGGUCUUUUAAGCGUGGUGGUUCAGGAUGUGAGGCUCCAACUGGGAUUCGUAUCCGGGUCAGCCCCAGCCGAGAUUUCAUCGGUCUAUUCAUUGACGACCCGACCAGCUUUAGUCGGAUCGAAUUCGGUGCGGGUCGGGGAUUUGCACUCUAACGAGGAGAGAGAAUUAUUGGUGGAACUGAAAGUACCCGUAUCUACGAGUGGAUCCCACAGGGUGAUGUCCGUACGAUCCUCUUAUAGAGAUCCAUUUACUCAGGAGAUGGUCUACUCGAGGGAUCAAAGCCUGUUAAUACCUCGGCUGCCGCAGUCCGUACGAUCAUCUUCUCACAGCAUUGGACGGUUGAGGAACCUCCACAUCAGCAUACGUGCCGUGGCGGAGUCUCGUCGGUUGAUGGAGCGGAACGAUUUAUUGGGGGCGCACCAUUUGCUUACAUCGGCUCGAGUUUUGUUGAUGCAAUCCGGUUCGAGUUCGGCCGAAGAAUUUAUUCGCGGGUUAGAAAUUGAGUUAGCCGAGUUGAACCGGCGGCGCCAGAGACAAAGGGUAAAUAAUAAUGGUCAGGUGGAGGAAAAGGCUGAGCUGUUAACGCCGACGUCAGCUUGGAGAGCAGCGGAGAGAUUGGCUAAAGUGGCGAUUAUGAGGAAGCAUAUGAAUAGAGUUAGCGAUUUGCACGGCUUUGAAAAUGCCAGAUUUUAGUUUUUUUUUUUAUUUCUAUUUUUAUCCCACUAUUUUGUAGCACAAAACAAUUAGUAGUAUAAAUUUAUAAAUAAAUAAAAAAUA